AUGUUCACUCGGUUUGUGAACCCUCAUUCUCUUGAUGCGAAGGUUGAGAUUGUUUCACGGGCACAAUCACUGCAGGCGAUACAGAAUCGUCUGGUGAAGCGUUCGUUGGGCGAUCUUGGUACUUCCGAAGAUGCCGACGAGAAGGCGCGGAGGAAACGCAGAAAGACGGAGAAGAAACACGCCAACGACGCUCAAGAGGAGAGCACAAACUCCUUGACCUCCAUACCGUUUCGCCUUGUGUCGCGGACUCUCCCUCCUAAAGAAAUCGAGCUCAAGCCGAAGGAAGCCCCAGUUAUUGUUGUGAGGGAGCCGCCGUGUGAGGACAACGAGGAUGAGGCAGCACGUCGUGGAGCUCGAGCACAAGAGGUUGCAGUACAUUUCGCCCAGAUAAUUCACGAGGCCCAGAGGUUGAGUACUAGUCAUAGAGUGGAGGCCAGAGGAGCAAUCCAUAUGAAAGGCAAAGUCUCGUCGCCCCCGCCACCGGUCAUGGUCGUGGAAUGGGACAAACCUCCGCCUAAAACACCGAAACUUGCGAGUGCAAGACCCUUCGUAGAACUCCGGCCAUCGCCGCAUACACUAGGACCUAAAUCAAUGUUCCAGUAA